CUUCCUUGUAAGCUGCAUAUGGUAAUGUGGUUGGUUUGUUGGGCAACUUGGCAAGGCAAAGAAAGAAGACAAAACAUCCUUUCGGAGAUCUCAAAGGGCCUCUCUGAUAACCCGACCCCCUUCGAUGUUUCCCAAGUUUCUCCCUUCUUAACUCCUCGUCUCCUCCGACCUUAACCCAAACCCCAACCCAACUUGUUCUCUCUGUUCUGAACCCAAAAGAAACGAAAAAAAAGAAACAGAAAGAGAGAGAGAGAAAGAUGUCGACUCUUCCAUCUACCCAUUGUUGCCACACUUACUCGCCAUUGCCGCCUUCAUCUUCGUCUUCAUCUCCAUCGUCGUCGUCUUCAGUAUCGUAUUUACCUUCUUAUUCAUCUGCACACGGACGCCUGCAACGUAUUGCAGUGCCUUCCACUCCGAAACGUUUUGUUUCAGCUAAGGUUUCUCUGCAAUCUCAAUCCGUUUCGGAGAAAAAUGCUGUCCACAUGCAAGACGGCCCAGUGGCGCCAGUAGUGAACCCAAUUGAGAAUGAAACUCCUUUCGAGAAAUUGAAAGAUGGGUUAUUUUCAGCUCCAUCUUCCAGGGAAUCUAAAGACAUAACUGGGUUUAAUGUCAAUGAAAAAGACUCAACUGUCAGUAUCACUGUGGUUGGGGCUUCUGGGGACCUUGCUAAGAAGAAGAUAUUCCCUGCACUUUUCGCACUUUAUUACGAGGGUUGCCUCCCUGAGCAUUUUACUAUUUACGGUUAUGCUCGGAGUAAGAUGACUGAUGCGGAGCUCAGAGACAUGGUUAGCAAGACGCUUACUUGCAGGAUUGACAAGAGGGAGAAUUGUGGCGAAAAAAUGGAGCAAUUUCUUCAAAGAUGUUUCUACCAUUCUGGUCAGUAUGAUUCACAGGAAGAUUUCGCGAAGCUGGACAAGAAACUAAAGGAACAUGAGGGGGGAAGAGUUCCUCAUCGCCUGUUCUAUCUAUCUAUCCCUCCAAACAUAUUCAUAGAUGCUGUUCGCUGUGCUAGCUCGUCAGCCUCAUCUGGUAACGGCUGGACCAGGGUUAUUGUUGAGAAACCCUUUGGUCGAGAUUCAGAAUCCUCUGCGGCUUUGACCAAGGCCCUCAAGCAGUACCUAGAAGAGGAUCAAAUAUUCAGGAUAGACCACUAUCUGGGCAAGGAGCUUGUGGAAAACCUUUCAGUUCUCCGCUUCUCCAACCUUAUUUUCGAACCCUUAUGGUCAAGGCAGUAUAUAAGAAAUGUACAGUUAAUAUUCUCUGAAGAUUUUGGCACUGAAGGACGUGGAGGGUACUUUGACAAUUAUGGGAUAAUAAGAGAUAUAAUGCAGAAUCACUUGCUUCAGAUACUGGCACUCUUUGCAAUGGAAACCCCUGUCAGUUUGGAUGCAGAAGAUAUCAGAAACGAGAAGGUUAAAGUUUUACGUUCUAUGAGGCCAUUGCAACUUGAAAAUGUGGUCACGGGGCAAUACAAGAGCCAUGUUAGAGGAGGUAUUACUUACCCAGCCUACACGGAUGACAAGACUGUACCCAAAGACAGCUUGACUCCAACAUUUGCUGCAGCUGCCCUCUUCAUAGACAAUGCAAGAUGGGAUGGGGUUCCUUUCCUCAUGAAAGCUGGGAAAGCAUUGCAUAAUAAGAGGGCUGAGAUAAGGGUACAGUUUCGUCAUGUGCCUGGAAAUUUGUAUAAUCGAAAUAUCGGAACAGAUCUUGAUCGAGCGACAAAUGAGCUUGUUAUCCGAGUGCAGCCUGAUGAAGCUAUUUUGCUGAAGAUCAAUAACAAAGUCCCUGGUUUGGGAAUGAGGUUGGACAGGAGUAACCUAAAUCUUCACUACGCAGCCAGAUAUUCAAAGGAGAUUCCGGAUGCUUAUGAGAGGCUUCUGCUGGAUGCUAUUGAAGGGGAAAGGAGGCUAUUUAUUCGGAGUGAUGAACUUGAUGCUGCUUGGGCACUCUUCACACCCUUAUUGAAAGAGAUAGAAGAGAAGAAGAUUAUUCCCGAGUACUACCCUUACGGAAGUAGGGGUCCUGUUGGGGCACACUAUCUUGCAGCAAGGUACAAAGUCCGGUGGGGUGAUGUUGGUGUGGAGCAGUGACUCUCUGAGCGAAGUCCUCAUUUCCAUUGCUAUCAGAGCGAAAUGGAAUAAAUUUUUUUCGAAAUUUUUGCUUUGUAAUUUGUUCCGGGUAGAUUAGGAGUGUGGUCUUACUAAUUAACAAGCAAUUAGAACUAGGACUUGGAUUAUCCUUGAGUUUUUGUGAAAUCUGCUCUUUGUCAACGUGAAGAAACAUUGAAGUAAAUUCACUCCAGGUUUCUUCUCCAGUAAUGCAGUCCCGGCAUAUAUAUGUGUAAA